AUGCUAAAUGUCAAUGACGGUUUAUUCUCUUUUAUCUUCCCUCUAUUACUUUUAAUAAUCAUCACGGUGAUUAAAGUGUUAUGGAAAGCUGAGAAACGAAGUAUUAAUCGACAGCACGAUUUCAAAGACCAACAAUUAAAUUCAGAUCAAAUUGUCUGUGAAAGUAGUCCCAAAAUUUCAUCAACAUUACAAGAAGAGCAGCAAUUCUCAAUUGACACCGAAUGUAAUAGUACUGAUUGCCAAUUAGCAACAAAUGCGCCCAUGAGUUCUUCCUAUAGAUUACUCGACGAAAAGUCAAAUACAGAAGAAAGGAUAACAUCUACAACUGUAGAAGAAUACGCUGAUAAUCCAAUCUAUGCUAAUAAAGAGUUGCUAAGAAGAGAUUACUUUCAAAAAGUUAGCCCACAGGAUGAAAUAUGUGAGCAAGUUAUCAUUGACAAUCAGGAGUCAUCCUGCUUAAAUUGGACUGACUUAUUUCAAAAUUUUAGUGAUCGAUCCAUUGAAGAGCUAAAUGAUAUUGAAGCUGAUACAAUGAAUAAAAUUGAACGUCGCGGUAAAGACUCUAGUGCUUCGACAACUAAUAGUAGUAAUAGAAAUAGUAAUCAGCGCUCACGCCGAGUAAUUACUAGUAGUAAAGUUGUUCCAAAACACGAAGAAGUCUCCCAAGGUAGCCAUACAAUAAAUUCUAAUUUAGAAAAUCGAAAAACUAGGAACAUCUCUCGCAAUUCUGGUCACGAAUAUCGCCAGCAGCGAUCAAUCUCAAGUGAACGAAACAUACAUUCUAGAAAGAAAUCAAAUGCACAACAUGAACAUUCAUCGGAACCGAUUCGUCGUCAAGAUAGUGAGCAAAUAGAUAGUGAUGGCCAGAUGAAGUGGGAUCGAGUUCAACAGUGGGUCGAGGAAGAACGGCGUAUAGACCAAAAUGAGUGGAUUAAGGAGGAAGAUUGGGAGGCUUGCGAUCCAGGAAAAGAGAGCAGUGAGUGCGAGCCAGACGUAUGCGAUGAAAUCUCAUGUGAUAGUCGUAGUAUAACUUCUUCUAAUAAUUCUAGUGUGAAUCAUAGAAAGUUACUACAUCAGUUACAGACUACUAACGCUGCAGCUACACGUCAUAAGAUUCCUCCUACGGUGAAUAGUGAAAAUCGAGUCGGAAGUAAUUUUAUCGAGAAACAACAUAAAAUAAUGACUUCUAGUUCAGCUGUUGUGCCAUUAUCAAGUGAAAGUAACGAGAAUUCAGCCAUUAAGAGUAAUAAUGUAACUUUUGUAUUGUCAAGAAAAGUUUCAGACACGGAUGCAAAAGUACAAGAUGAAAGUGAGAGUUUGACGAGCUAUAGUAGUAGCAGUAGUAGAAAUUCUAAAAUACCUAGAAGAAUCGAAAGUGUGGAUAGUAAUAAGAAAGCAUCAGAUCAACCAAGCAGUGGUGGUGAUAUGGUAGAAAAAGAGUGCGACUAUAAAGAACUGCGUAAUGUUAUAAGUAAAUAUUUCGUUGACUCUACAGAAAUGGUUGAAUUAGGAAGGAAGAUAGUGAAUUUUGUUACCGCAAAAAGUAAAAUCUCAUCUUAUCCUGAAUUUGAUGAUGUUGAGUUAGCAUUGAACCGAAUGUGCAAUAGCGAAUUUAAAGACGAGCAAAGAAAAAUUUUAUCUAAAAUUGGAGGUAAAGACGUGUUAAAGCCUUUAUUAGAGUCCAAAAAUGAAAACUUACGUAAGACUACGCUUAAAGCGAUGUCAAUACAAGCAAUUAAUGAUGAAGACCUUGAUACAGUCAAGGUGGUGAUUUCGCAUAUUCAGCAAUGGACAAAAUCUGAUGUUAAUCAUUCCAAUCAAGACAUGCAGAUGGUUGCUACAAGUGCUUUACUUAACUUAUCAACAUGUCGUACUUUUCAUUCAAGUAUUAUUAGUUGUAUUCCAUACCUACUUGAUAUGGUUGAAUCAUCGGUUAAGCCUAUGCAGUUGCACGCACUAUUGGUUUUACUCAUAUUUUCUUGGAACAUCAACAAUAUUAUCCACUUGGUUGAGCAUCAGACUUUAAAGAGAAUAUCAACGUGGUUAAAGAUAGAUACAGAUGAAGAGUUGCUUUUAAGAAUUGUUACCUUAGUUACGAGCUUACUAGAGGGUCUUAGGCAUUUUUUAAGACAAGUACCGACACCACUACGGACUCGAAGAGCACGAACGGGAAAUAAAGCCGUAGAAAGCAGUGAAUCUAAAUACAGACAACUUCGUACUUUAUUGCGGGAUAUAUUAUUUUGUACACCUGGACUUCACGAUAGCUUAUGGGAACUAAAUCAACAUAGUAACCGUGACAUCCAUCGUCAAGCUACAAGAGGUCGCUUAACUCUGAAUUACCUAUUAUCCUUGCAUUGCAGUAUGACUGUCUCUUGA